AUGGCCUCGGCAGACGAUCGGACGAUGUUCCUACAGCAGGUGCUGAUGGCGCUAUUCCAGCCUCCGGCUCCUCAAGUACCACAGGCAAAUGACCCAGCCAGCUAUGCCCAGUCUCUGGAGAGGAGUAGACGCAGCCAGGCUGAGGCGAUCGCAAACCACUAUCUCGACGCCGUGCCCUUGGAGGCAACUGUCGAGGAAGCGCUGGCGCCCGUUCCAACCCACUUCCCUCUACUGCGCCUGCACGCCCUCACGCCUCGACAGGCAACCGACCACGACGUCCGCAAGAUCCACUAUCUGGCCCACAAGACGCGUCAGUUCCGACUUGAGCUCCCGAAGUAUGACGACGACAUUGUCGGUCGCAAAGAGGCUUUGAUCAGGUUCGGCGACGAUUGUCUCACCGCUUUCUUUGGUCCAGACUGGGUCCACCCAUCGGAGGCUUCGGCCGCCCAAGCCACUCCCAGCAGAGUCUACUCCAGAGCCCCAGCGUACCCGCCGGUCUCGUCCAGCUUUGGCCCGCCGCACACGUGCCCUCAUGGUGUGCCGAUCGCACCGAGCGGGCAAGCCCCGACCAUGCCUCCAGCUUCAAAGAGUCCCGAUGCUCCUGCGAAUGCAGCCAAAGCGGAGGUCGCGCCCGCUAAAAAAGCAGAACAGGCGUCGCAGCAUCUGGAUGAUGACCUGUCCGACUUUGAUUCUGAAGACGAGUCUGACUACGACUCGGAGUUGGAAGAAGAGUUGAUGCACGAAUGGAUGCAGGAGCGCGGCUAUUGGGACUACGACGAUCUCGACUAUCGUGGCGACGAUCCUUACGGCCUCGAAGACGAUCUUUACGGCGACGAGUUUGACUACGAUCCGACCAGCGACCCGAAGUUCCUCGAGUCCUACUCUAUGGGAUACGACUUCGAAGAGGCUAUGGAGGCGACAAUCAAUGCAAGAGCAGAGCGUCUUCUCGGUCCCCAUCUGAGGAGAGAAAUGUUGAUGAAUGCCGCGCUCAAGAAGGGCAAGAAGGCCUCGAAAGCCAAGACACGCGGCGGAGCGUCUACAAAGGCGAGCUCGAACAAGAAGAGCACGACCAAGGGCCAAGAAAAAGGCCCCGCCGGGACGUCGCAGCAGCGCACCCCUGGAGCAGUCGGUAGCGGUGUUGGCGCCAGCAAAGCCUCCAGUACGAAGGAUGGCUCGGAGGCAGCCAAGAAAAAGGGCAAACGUAAGCGCAAAGGCAAAGGGAAAGCCAAAGCCCAAGGUCAAGAAAGCGGAGACAAAGUUGGAGAGUCGCGUGUCGCCAGCAAGGUCGAGGCAGUCAAGGCGAACCACACCGCAGGGCCAGCCUCGGUCGUCAAGCCGAGCGGCGGAGGUCCCGCCACGGUAGUGAGUCAGGCUCCUGCCUCGUCAUCAGGCAAGGACCCCGCCGGUCUCCAAGUCCAGCCAGCUAGGCCCCAAACAAUCAGCCACAAGCUGUCUUCCGGGACUGUGCAAGGCUCCCCCCGCGCCAGUGUUGCCUCGGUGGGAUUAGGGCUGGCUGGUUCGCCUGCCUCUGUCAAGCAGCCAGUCUGGCGUCCAGCUCCUCAGAUCAAAGUCUCCCUGCCAGCCCCUUCCUCUGGCAGGGUCGCCACCAGCCCUGCAGCCGGAGCGAGCGUCUCGACGUCAUCUGCCCCCAAAGGACCGGGAGCGAACGGUUCUACUUCAAGUGCCUCCACAGGCCCGGUAGCAAGCACCUCGACUCCAACGGCUUCCAGAGGGGCAGCAAGUCUGACCUCUUCUGCGACACCGCCGAAAGCUGCGGGACAGACAAAGAGGAAGCGCACAGACACGAGCAACAACAGUGCUAGCAGCGUGGACAAAGCAAAGGCCACAGCCAAGGUCGCCAAGAGCACCCCUGCUCCGAAUACCGCCAAGCCGAAGAAGCAACCCAAGUUCGAGGUGUUUGUGUGGAAGAAGCGCUACCGCCCGAGCAAGCGGCCGUAUCGCGACUGCUGGCACGCUCCUUUCCGGGCGUAA